ACAAAAUAUGUAGGUCGACAUCCAAGGAGAAUCUACGCAAUAAUUUCCAUGGCCAAUUGAGGAAAUUGAAUGACGGCGCACGUGGCACAGGUCCUUAUUGAAGAUGCAGGGACCGCCACUGAAAUUUGUACUGUACCUACAAUUACGGAUAUUGUUCUGCCCUACAGAGGCUGUCUUUGCCCAUGGCAACCGGUCAGCCGCAUCUCGUGUGCUAGCUAGAUGCAAUGCGGAUGCCAAAUACAGAAUAGAAGUCUCUUAUAUUGGAAAUCAAAUUUUAGGCCAAGCAAGACUGGGGCUUACUUGCAAAGAGAGACCCGGCACAAAUCCCAAUCAGACAAGACCGCAAGCCAACCUACAUGGAGCCCCUUCCCUCGCCGCCUUAUGCGAAGUAAAGCAUCGUCCGCGUUAGUCUGUGAAACAACCUAGGCGGGCAAGGAAACCGCAACGGGCCGGAAGUCAACGGUCUUAUUUUGCAUUCUUCAAUGGGGCUUUGUCAAAGGAUGUUAAUGUCUGUGCGGAAUUGCCACAUCAAAACCUCCAAUUUGGCGGAUUUAUUUCAGCGGGUCAAUUUCAAUGCCGUAGGUGUGCCGGGAUUUGACUUGGAGAACAUGAUGGCCUCCUG